GGCCAGGGAGAGAGCCUGGUCCCGCCCCCGCCGAAGCCAGGCGGCGGAGGCGGAGGGCGAGGCCGGCUGGCUGGCUGGCUGCUUGGCGAAGCGCCUCGUCUCCCCAUUCGGGAAAGCAGACGCAGCCGAGCAGGGAGCUUUCCCCAGCGAGUCCCGCCGCGGCCCUGACGGCUUUUCCGGCCGUGUGGAGUGGAGAAUUCAGAGAUCUAUACUAAAUUGAGAAAUAGUUACAACUUUCUGACCGAGCAAAAUGCUGGAAGAAGAUUUGGAGGUGGCCAUCAAAGUGGUGGUUGUUGGAAAUGGAGCUGUUGGGAAAUCUAGUAUGAUCCAGAGAUACUGCAAAGGAAUUUUUACAAAAGACUAUAAAAAAACAAUUGGAGUUGAUUUCUUGGAAAGAGAAAUGCAAGUCAAUGAUGAAGAUGUCCGGUUAAUGCUUUGGGAUACAGCAGGUCAAGAAGAAUUUGAUGCAAUUACUAAAGCUUAUUAUAGAGGAGCCCAGGCUUGUGUGCUUGUGUUUUCAACCGUUGAUAGGGAAUCUUUUGAAGCAAUCCCUACCUGGAGAGAGAAAGUUGUAUCUGAAGUCGGAGACAUUCCCACAGUUCUUGUUCAGAAUAAGAUUGACCUCCUGGAUUAUUCUUGUAUAAAAAAUGAGGAAGCAGAGGCACUCGCAAAAAAACUAAAAUUAAGAUUUUAUCGGGCAUCUGUAAAGGAAGACUUAAAUGUAACAGAAGUUUUUAGAUAUUUGGCUGAGAAGUACCUUCAAAAAUUUAAGCAACGAGUAAUGGAAGAUCCAGAAGUUGUACAUACAAGUAGUAACAGAAUUGGUGUUUUCAAUACGGCAGGGGGAAGUCAUUCUGGCCAGAAUUCCAACUUGCUUAACGGAGGUGACGUCAUCAACCUUAGGCCGAAUAAACAGAGGACCAAGAAAAACCGAAGCCCUUUCAGCAGCUGCAACAUACUCUAGAACUCAUGUUCUGACCAAAUUGUUUAACUGAAGUCCUUAAGGAACACAACUGGCUGUAGAAGUGUUUUUAUCAGUGUUUUAUAAGCAGAGUUGCACAUAAUGGACCUACACCGAUAGGGAAUACUGCUGUUUAAAUGAAUGACUCGUAAUGGCAGAUAGUGAGAUCCCAAGGGGGUCCGAAAUAAUACCAUUGACCGUGCAUUCAUUUGACAUUCAGUAAGACAACUUUCUAGCUGAAAGGAAUGAUGGAACUAAUAUAUACAGUAGGUUUCAUUUUAAGCAAAAUUUGAGCUGAAAUGCUUAAAAUAUCUCGUUCGUAAAAUAGUUUUUUCUACUUGUUAGAUCCUGUGGCUCAGAGGCAGAGCCUUAAUAAUGAAGCAAAAAUUAAACAUUUUUUUUUAAACAGUCCAGUAUAUAUUUUUGGCAACGUUGGUGGUGCAAUAUGUGUACGACUUAACAAAACUUAAACUGCAGUGUGUAUCUGCAGAAACAUCUUCAAAGAUUCAGGUAGCUAAACACAAAUUAGGUCUAAGUCGAAAGUUCUGGCAACAAAACAAGUAGUUUAACAACUUCAAACAUUUUCUUUUCUAAUGGUACUGGCACAUUUUAAUGUUCUCUACACUGUGGGCCUUAACUUUUUUUUAUUGUGUUGUGCCAAAAAUGUAAUGUUUAUGCUGCUAUGUUUUUAUUUUCGUCAGUUAUUAUCAAACACACUAUGUUCUAAAUUAUA